AUGAAAGCCAUUUUACUAUUAGUUCUUUUGACAACAGGAUUGGCAUCAGAAUCAUUUUUAUCAACAUAGUAGGAGAUUCAAGAGAUGGAGUUAACCGGUAGUCAUUUAAGUGAUUUCUUAAUGGGCUACGCUGCAGGUGUUGGAGUGUUGGACGCAAUGCCAGACAUAUUACAUUGUGUAGGCACAGUGACUGAAAUCUAAAACGAUUUUAAGUUGGCUAUAGAAGAUCUGAAAUCUAAAAACGUAGAACUUGUUGUAAGAGGAGUGCAAAUACUAGCCAAAAUAUUUGAUGGAGUAGCAAGUAAUUGUGGAAACACUGCCAUUGAUGGAGUUAAGUCCUAUAUGAAUGUUGUGGCCAUGAUAAAAGCUAAGGGAUUCAUUAAAAGAGGCUGGAUUUAUAUUGGUAAAAAUUUUGAAGAGGUGGUUCUGGAUUUAUAAACAUACUUUUUCUUAGGAGAUGACGAUUGGCUUUUGAAAGGUGCCUACAUUGGAGACAUUGUGAAGAUUUUUUUCACCGGAAUACCAAAUGAUAAAUGA